UCUGUAUAACGAUGUGAAGCUGCCCUAUGCUCGGGACCGCAUUGUGGAACCGUAUUUCUACGCUUGUGGCAUUUUUCAUGAGGAGGAGAAUUCGCACAUACGGAUAGUUUUCACCAAGGUGUUUGUGUUGUUGGGCUUGAUGGAUGACACCUACGAUGUCCACGCCACCUUGGAGGAGUGCCAAAUGUUAAAUGAAGCAAUACAAAGGUGGGAUGAAACUGCUGCCACUUCUCUACCGAAAUAUAUGCGCAUGUUGUACAUCAAAACACUGAGAAACAUCAAUGGAAUCGAGGAUAUUCUGGAACCGUUUGAGAAAUACCGCAUGAUGGCUUACAUACAAAAACAGCUUUUCAAUCCCGUUUCGUAUAAAUUACAGUCGAACAAUUACCUUCAAGAGGCCAAAUGGUCCAAUGGAAAGCAUAUCCCAAGCUUGAAGGAGCAUGCGGAUGUGACACUUAUGUCGACGGGUUUGCCGUUUCUGUUCUCCCUGGCGCUAAUGGCCGCGGGCCAAGUGGUAGUAACCAAAGAAUCACUGGAGUGGGCACUCAGUGUGCCUACCAUGGUGCGUGCUAGUGGAGAAAUAGGUCGUCUCCUCAAUGAUAUAUCUUCUUAUAAGAGAGGAAAGAACAAGAACGAUGUGGCCAGCACCGUGGAGAGCUACAUGAAGGAACAUGGUGCGACGGGGGAGGAGGCGAUGGCGGCUAUCAAAACGAUGGUGGAGCAAGCAUGGAGGAGGAUAAAUGGGGCGUGUAUGGAGCUAGGCCGCACCAUGCAACCAGCGCUGCAAUGGUUGGUGGCCAUGACAAGGAUGCUAGAGGUUUUCUACCUUCAUGGCAGGGACGGCCUCACCUACGGCUAUGACAUCAAGGAGAUUGUCGCCUUCCUCUUCCUGAAGCAAGUCCCGGUUUAA